GAGGUGCUGUUCUGGGGGGUGCAAAGCUGGGCAGGGGGCACGGGAUUCAGGGGUGAAGGAUCUGAAGGUGUAGGGGUGCAGAGCACAGGGGUGCAACCAUGAGUGCAGGAUCUAGGGGUGCAGAGUACAGAGGUUCGGGGCUUGGGGGUUCUGUGUACAUGGGUACACGGUGCUGGAUGUAGGGGUGCAAGGGCUGGGGGUGCUGGGUAUGAGAGUGCAGGGUCUAUGUGUGCAGGUCACAGGGAUGCAAAACAUAUGGGUGCAAGACUUAGGAGUGCCAACAGGGUCCCUCCAACCCUGACACCAUCCAGGGCGCUCCAGAAGCACCAAUGGAGAAGGACAUCGACGGCUGCCAGGAUGGGGCCAAGACAGUGCCAAGCACCAGGAUUGGCACCGAGGGGACAGAGGCACAGCUGGAUGAUUUCGUGGGUGCUCACCCUGACUACAAUGAGGAAGAGGAGGAGCAGAAAUACUUUCGCCGCAAGCGCCUCGGUGUCAUCAAGAACGUGGUGGCUGCCAGCCUGGCUGGCACCCUCACUUACAGCGUCUACCUGGGUCUGCUGCAGAUGCAGCUGAUCCUUCACUACGACGAGACCUACCGGGAGGUGAAGUACAGCAAUAUCCAGUUGGAGGACAUUGACCGCAAGGUGCUGAUGGGCAUCAAUGUCACACCCGUGGUGGCGCUGCUCUACACACCCAUCCUCAUCAGGUACGGCCCCGCCACGCUCCAGCUGGCAUGGCUCACUGGGAUGGCCACCCACACUUCCGCUCCUUGCCCCGGCAGGUUCUUUGGCACCAAGUGGGCCAUGUUCCUGGCAGUCGGCAUCUACGCCCUCUUCGUCUCCAGCAACUACUGGGAGCGCUACUACACGCUGGUGCCCUCCGCAGUGGCCAUCGGCAUGGUCAUCGUGCCCCUCUGGGCCUCCAUGGGCACCUACAUCAUGCGGAUGGCCCAGAAGUACUACGAGUACGUUAACUACAAGGAGGAGCAGGAGAAGGAGAGGCAGCGGGCGCCGCGGGACGCCUGCAAUGCCUAUAUCAUCGUUUUCCAGACCGUCUUCUACUCCUGCUUCCACUUGAGCUUUGUCUGCGCUCAGAUGCCCAUGGUCUUCUUCCUCAACAACUACCUCUACCAACUCAACCACACGCUCUUUGCAGUGAAGCACUGCGGGACCCUGAGCCACGGCACGCUGCCUGGUUUCAACAAGACGGUGCUGCAGAGCCUUCCCCGCAGUGUCAACCUCAUCAUCGUGGAGAGCGCGUUGAUGGCCGCCGCCUUCCUCGCCAUGCUGGUGGUGCUGGUCCUGUGUGGCGCAGCGUACCGGCCCAUGGAGGAGAUCGACAUGCGCAGCAUCGGCUGGGGCAACAUUUUCCAGCUGCCCUUCAAGCACAUGCGGGACUAUCGCCUGCGGCACCUCUUCCCGUUGUUCAUCUACAGCGGUUUCGAGGUGCUCUUUGUUUGCACUGGAUUUUCCCUGGUAGGAUCUGUGAUGGGGUGGGAGGUGACAAAGCAGGGACAGGUGAUGCUGAGCCAGGUGAUGCUGAGCCCGUACUCGCUGCAGAACUACGGCGUGUGUGCCCUCGGGCUGGAGAGGCUGGCGUAUCUCCUCAUGGCCUACGGCUUCUCCGCCUCGGUGUGCUCCAGCCUGGCCCUGUGCAUGCUGCGCCUGCGCCGGCACAUCCCGCUGCUGGCUGGAGCCUUGAUCCAUGUUGUACUCCUGGUGACGCUCUUCUGCUGGGCACCGGAACCCCGGUACCUGGCACAGGCACCGCUGCUCUACAGCAUUGCUGCGCUCUGGGGCACAGGCAGUGCCCUCAACAAGACCGGAAUCAGCAUCCUUCUGGGAAUGUUGUACAAGAAAAAGGAGCGCCAAGACUUCAUCUUCACCAUCUACCACUGGUGGCAGGCCCUGGCCAUCUUCACCGUCUACCUGUGGUCGGGGCUGCCCAUGAAGGCCAAGCUGUCCAUCAUGCUGCUGACGCUGGUGGUGGCGGUGGGGACAUACCUGUGGAUGGAGCGGAAGGUGGCGUGGAACGUGGAAGUCCGGCUGCCCCGCAUCCCACGCCCACGCCACAAAACACAUGGAUACCGCUACCUGGAGGACAACUCGGAUGAGACUGGCUCUGACGGUGAUGGGGACAAGGAGAAUGAUGACAGGCACCCAACUGAGGGCACCAGAGAGGACGAGCUGCCAAAAGAGGACAGGGAUCAGCUGGGAUAGGGACUGCCUGUCCUGGGCCCCAUCCUGCUCUUGGUACCUGAGGAGGUUCCACAGCUUCCCCCCGGUGGGCCCAAAAUUCUGGAAACCCCCUCAGGUCAGGCUUGCAGCCCCCCAAGCUAAGCCUAAAGCCCCCAGGCAGCCCAGAUCCCCCCACAUUAGCUGACAGACCCCCACACUGGCCCAUGGACCCGCUAGGUCAGGUCCACAGCCUCCAGAUGGAUCUACAGCCCCCAGAUUGUGGUACAGAAACCCCCAAAUUGUGGUACAGCCCCCAGGCAGGCCCAUAGCUCCCCAAAUUAUGAUGUAGUUGCUCAGGUCGAACCUGCAGACCCUCAGGCCAGCCCCAGAGCCCCCAGACCCAAAUCCACAGCCCCUCAUACAAGACUCACACUCCCCACAAAGAUCCAGAGCCCCCCCAGGUGAGGCCCACAGAUCCCUGAGCAGAUACACAUACCCCCUAGCAAGGCUUGCAGCCCCCCACAGUGUCUUGCAGACCCCCAGCCCUCCCGUAUUAGCCCGCAUCCAGACCCCCAGACCCCGCAGAGUUACCCUGGAGCCCCCAGGUAGAUCGGCCCCCUCCCAAAUUGGCCCACAGCCCUUCAGACCAGACCCACACGCACCCCAGGCAGACCCUCCAGCCCCCUCUAGGUUGUCCCAGAGCCCCGCUAGUUCAGCCUGCAGCCCCCCCAGGCCGGCCCCACAGACUUCUCGACCUCUCCCAUCCCCAUUUUCCUUCAAUAAACCCCUCCCUCCGUGUC